CUAGGUAUCCACGAUGGCACAGUCAGCUGCCUAAGGUCCAGUUGGCCAGUCGCAGCCAGCGAGCUUUCUCCACAAGGUAGACGCGCGUAACAACAAGACACCACCAUGGCGGACGACGAGAGAAAGCGCAUCGAGGAUGAAAAGAAGAGGAAACAGGCGGAGACCGAGAGGAAGAGGGCGGAGGUCCGCGCCCGCCUCGAAGAGGCUUCCAAAGCCAAGAAGGCGAAGAAGGGUUUCAUGACCCCCGACAGGAAGAAGAAGCUUAGGUUGCUGUUGCGUAAGAAAGCCGCCGAGGAAUUGAAGAAGGAGCAGGAAAGAAAAGCGGCCGAAAGGAGGCGCAUAAUCGAGGAGCGCUGCGGAAAGCCGAAGAUCGUCGACGAAGCCAACGAAGCUAGCGUGAAGUCCACUCUGACCCAGUAUCAUAAGAGGAUCAACGUUCUCGAGGGGGAGAAGUACGACCUUGAGUACGAAGUCGCCAAGAAGGAUAUGGAGAUCGCGGACUUGAACAGCCAGGUCAACGAUCUCCGAGGUAAAUUCAUGAAACCAACCCUAAAGAAGGUGUCCAAAUACGAGAACAAGUUCGCCAAGCUCCAAAAGAAAGCCGCCGAGUUUAAUUUCCGUAAUCAGCUGAAACAAGUGAAGAAGAAGGAAUUCACCUUGGAGGAAGAGGACAAGGAGAGUGCGUCAAAAGAUAAGAAGAAACCCGACUGGUCGAAGAAGGGCGACGAAAAGAAGGUAAAGGAAGAAGACGCGGCGCCACCGACACCGGUGGAGGCAUGAGAGAAUUGAAAAUCUUAUUCUCGUCGUUCCCGAGAGAAACGCAGGAUCGUCUGUCCGUCUCACCGUCAAUAACCGCUCGAUGCAGGAACUCCAAAGAACCUCCUCUAUAUUUUUUAACGAUCGAUUCAUUAAUUAAUUUAAUGUGUCCCGUUGUCGUGAGUUGCACGCAAAAAUUUUGCCCGUUCGUCUGUCCGUUAUGAUUGCUCGUACGUCCCAGAUUAUAUCAAAAACAAUUUUUUUUUAUAUCCAAUAUCCAAUCCGUAGCUCUACAUUCUACACUCCACUGUGUCUGUCCUAUCUUUUUUAUGGACGUAACGUAUUUUUUUAAUGGACCUUGUAAAUCACUGUAGAGCACUAGAGUUGCGUGCAGGAUUCAUAAAAAAAAGUAAUAAAAUAAAAUUUGUCUCUUUCUGCAAAUCAAAUGCGAGGGGAGAGAUAUUAUUGUAGAGAGAAUAACGGGGGGAAACUGUUACUUAAGGUUUAUUGUAAAGCAAAAUAUUUAACAGUACUCAAAAUC